GCCCUUAAAAUGGUGGCCACCAGCAUGGUGUGAUGAUCACACUCUCUGCAAAGGCACUUGGGGGAGUUGUGUGGGAGCUCUUUGCACCUUUUGGAGCUUCAGCAAUGGGGGAGGUCAAGCACCUUUGCCUGGUGAAGUUCAAGGAAGAGGUCUUGGUGGAUGACAUCCUGCAAGGCAUGACCAAGCUUGUGUCAGAGAUGGACAUGGUGAAAUCCUUUGAGUGGGGAAAAGAUGUGUUGAACCAGGAGAUGCUGACGCAGGGCUUCACUCAUGUCUUCUCGCUGACCUUCGCGAGCUCUGAAGAUCUGACGAGCUACAUGAGCCAUGAGAGACACCAGGAGUUUGCAGGCACGUUCAUGGCGGCAAUCGACAAGGUCGUCGUCAUCGACUUCCCCGCCGUCGUCGCCAAGCCUGCACCACCGGCGGCACCGCCGGUGGCAUGAUGCUGACGAGAUCAAAGUGUCCAUCAAGCAUCCGUCCUACUCCUCCAUGGCGUCAACCAUUGCAUUGUUCCAAGCAACUUCAGGUAUCCAUCCAUCCAUCCAUCCAUCUAUACGCAGGUAGCUGUGAUAGAUGUACCUAAGCUCCAUUAUUGCAUGUUCUGCUGCUGCUUCAGUGUAGCUUAGCUAAAGCUGUAAUGCAGCUCUACCCCGUGCAUUCCGUUCAAAGGUUGUUCGGUUAUUCUUGGAAUAAAUUUAUGUGAUCUUUUGGUUGCUG